AGAGGCCCCGCCCCUUCACGCUAAGAUUCCGUUUUCGUCCCCCCGGGGCACGAGGCGUAGGCGGACAAGCCCGGCCGUACCGCUCCGGGGCAGUAGAGCCGCAGGAAGUGGCCUCUCUUUCCCAGAGCCCCAUUGGCUUGUGGGAUAGCGGCGAAUUUGUCCAGCCUUGACCGGUUUUCCGGAUCCCUCCACCCCGCCUCCGGUGGUGAGUACGGAAGCUGCGAGGGCCCGUGGGCAACCAUGGCGGCGCACCUUAAGAAGCGAGUGUACGAAGAAUUCACUAAGGUGGUUCAGCAACAGCAAGAAGAAAUUGCUGCCAAGAAACUCCGACUAACAAAACCAAGUAAAUCUGCAGCACUCCACAUAGAUCUGUGUAAGGCUACUUCCCCAGCAGAUGCUUUGCAGUACCUACUCCAGUUUGCCAGGAAGCCCGUUGAAGCAGAAAGUGUGGAGGGAGUAGUCAGGAUUCUCUUGGAACAUUAUUACAAGGAAAAUGAUGCAUCUGUGAGACUGAAAAUUGCAUCACUAUUGGGUUUAUUAUCAAAGACCUCAGGAUUUUCACCAGACUGCAUUAUGGAUGACGCCAUUAACAUCCUGCAGAACGAAAAGUCUCAUCAAGUCCUAGCUCAACUGCUGGACGCUUUGCUUGCAAUUGGUACUAAACUCCCAGAGAAUCAAGCUAUUCAGAUGCGAUUAGUUGAUGUAGCCUGCAAGCACCUGACAGAUACCUCUCAUGGAGUAAGAAAUAAGUGUCUGCAAUUACUCGGCAAUCUCGGCUCCUUGGAGAAAAGUGUCACAAUGGAUGCAGAAGGCUUAGCUCCUAGAGAUGUGCAGAAGAUUAUAGGGGAUUACUUCAGUGACCAGGACCCUCGUGUCAGAACAGCAGCUAUAAAAGCCAUGUUGCAGCUCCAUGAAAGAGGACUGAAAUUACACCAAGCAAUUUAUAAUCAGGCCUGCAAAUUGCUCUCUGAUGAUUACGAACAAGUGCGCAGUGCUGCAGUCCAGCUUAUCUGGGUUGUCAGUCAGCUCUAUCCUGAAAGCAUUGUCCCAAUCCCUUCUUCUAAUGAAGAAAUUCGCUUGGUUGAUGAUGCGUUUGGAAAAAUUUGUCACAUGGUCAGUGAUGGCUCCUGGGUGGUUCGAGUUCAAGCUGCAAAGCUAUUGGGCUCUAUGGAGCAAGUCAGUUCUCAUUUUUUGGAGCAGACCCUUGACAAGAAGCUGAUGUCAGAUCUGAGGAGGAAACGAACUGCACAUGAGCGUGCCAAGGAACUUUACAGUUCAGGAGAGUUUUCCAGCGGCAGGAAGUGGGGAGAUGAUGCCCCCAAGGAAGAAAUAGAUACGGGGGCAGUGAACUUGAUCGAGUCUGGAGCUUGUGGAGCCUUUGUUCAUGGUUUGGAAGAUGAGAUGUUUGAGGUUCGCAUUGCUGCCGUGGAGGCGCUCUGCAUGCUCGCCCAGUCUUCACCUUCUUUUGCUGAGAAGUGCCUUGAUUUCUUGGUUGACAUGUUUAAUGAUGAAAUUGAAGAAGUACGUCUACAGUCCAUACAUACCAUGAGGAAAAUCUCUAACAAUAUCACUCUCCGAGAGGAUCAGCUUGACACUGUCCUGGCUGUGUUAGAGGAUUCAUCCAGAGACAUUAGAGAGGCUCUUCAUGAACUCUUGUGCUGUACUAAUGUUUCAACCAAAGAAGGAAUUCAUCUUGCACUGGUGGAGCUGCUGAAAAAUUUAGCCAAGUACCCUACGGAUAGGGACUCCAUAUGGAAGUGCUUAAAGUUUCUGGGAAGUCGACAUCCAACUCUGGUGCUUCCCCUGGUGCCAGAGCUCCUGAGCACCCACCCGUUUUUUGACACAGCUGAACCAGACAUGGAUGAUCCUGCCUACAUUGCAGUUUUGGUUCUUAUUUUCAAUGCUGCUAAAACCUGCCCAACGAUGCCAGCGUUGUUCUCAGAUCACACCUUCAGGCACUAUGCCUACCUCCGGGACAGUCUUUCUCAUCUUGUUCCUGCUUUGAGGUUACCAGGUAGGAAACUAGUGUCAUCAGCUGUUUCCCCCAACAUCGUGCCUCAUGAAGAUCCAUCCCAGCAGUUCCUGCAGCAGAGCCUUGAAAGGGUGUACAGCCUUCAGCACCUGGAUCCUCAGGGAACUCAGGAGCUGCUAGAGUUCACCAUCAGGGAUCUGCAAAGACUUGGAGAACUUCAGUCUGAAUUGGCAGGAGUAGCUGACUUCUCUGCUACCUACCUUCAGUGUCAGCUUCUUCUCAUCAAGGCCUUGCAGGAAAAGCUGUGGAAUGUGGCUGCCCCUUUGUAUUUGAAGCAGAGUGAUCUGGCCUCAGCAGCAGCAAAACAGAUCAUGGAGGAGACCUACAAAAUGGAGUUCAUGUACAGUGGUGUGGAGAAUAAGCAGGUGGUGAUUAUACAUCAUAUGAGGCUACAGGCCAAAGCCUUGCAACUUAUAGUAACAGCACGAACUACUCGAGGAGUCGACCCCUUAUUUGGAAUGUGUGAAAAAUUUUUACAGGAAGUAGACUUUUUUCAGAGGUGUUUCAUUGCUGACUUGCCCCACCUACAGGACAGCUUUGUGGACAAACUUCUUGACCUUAUGCCCCGACUCAUGACAUCCAAACCUGCAGAAGUGGUCAAAAUUCUACAGACCAUGCUACGGCAGAGUACCUUCCUGCAUCUGCCCCUUCCAGAGCAGAUCCACAAAGCCUCAGCCACCAUCAUUGAGCCAGCAGGCGAAUCAGACAACCCUUUGCGAUUUACAUCUGGGUUGGUGGUGGCCCUGGAUGUUGAUGCAACCCUGGAGCAUGUGCAGGAUCCUCAGAGCACUGUGAAGGUCCAGGUCUUGUAUCCAGAUGGCCAGGCUCAGAUGAUCCACCCCAAGCCGGCAGACUUCCGGAAUCCUGGGCCAGGACGGCAUCGGCUCAUCACUCAGGUGUACCUCUCCCACACUGCCUGGACAGGUUUGAGUCAUUUGGCCAGGAUGGGCAGGAAAAUGUGCUCUUGGGGAUCCUACCCAUGCUUAGAACCAUGCCAGGUAGAAGUGAGGCUGCUGCUGGCCUACAACUCCAGUGCACGCAUUCCAAAAUCCCCUUGGAUUGAGGGUGGUGAGGUGUCACCGCAGGUGGAAACCAGCAUCGAGGGCACCAUCCCCUUCAGCAAGCCUGUCAAAGUUUACAUAAUGCCCAAGCCUGCAAGGCGCUGAGUCACAAGCAGCCUUUACAGCCAUGGCUGAGAAGGCCCUUCUUCAGAAUCAGAAUGAGCCAGAAGCCUGGAGCACCUCACCUGGAAAUGGCGUAUAGGCAUAAGGAACACAUGAUGACCCUUACAACCUCAUCUGGUAUCAAAACAGAGUAAAUUAUUUUCAUUAAAAAAUCAAAAAUCUUCAAGUCUACUUUUUUUUUUGGUAAACAGUAAAGCUGAAAAACACCAAGCUGUUUCAGUUCCUGGUCCUUAAAGCAAAUUUGUGUGGCUGUGGUUCAGCACUUAUACCACAUGCUUACAUUUCUCAGGUUUGAGACACAAAGAUUUGAUUUUUCAGCCACCUCCAAAGAACUGGUUAUUUGAACCAUUAUCUUGUUUCUUAAAGAGAUAGCCUGUUUACCAGAGCCAACUCCGAAGCAGCUUUAACAGCUGUGCUUUUUCACCAUCAACAGUUCCUGAAUGACUGUAGACAUCCAUUAUCUUGCUGAGAGUCUCCUUCUGUAGCCCAGGCAAUAUCUGGGUCAAGGACUGACUGAAGAGCUGGCAAGUGAGUCAUUUUCGUCCUUGAGGGAAAUUCUUGUUCUUCCCUGCCAUCCUUAGAACCUCUAUGGCUUUAAAAAUAUAGAGAGUCCAUAUUUUGGAAAAGAAAUCAGGAUUAUGGGAAAGAAGAAUCCAGCGUAAGAAAAAAAAAAUUGCCCAUAACACCUCUGAUGCCUUUAGUACUGGAGCCGCGUGUGAGGUAGCGGCUCUGAGGUAGCACAGUAAGCCCUGAGUUGCGAACUUCUAGCCGCCUGUGAGGUAGCGGCUCUGAGGUAGCACAGUAAGCCCUGAGUUACGAACUUCUGACUUACGGACAACUCGGUCGUGCCCGUUAGUGUUAUGUAAACUGGCCCUCACUUUGACAUGGUUGAACCAACCCCUGUUUGCAACAGAUUCUUCACCACAAUCACCUUCACUUGCUGCACAUGAAGCUUUUAAAUAAUUGAAAAGGCUUCCAGCCUUUCCUUGCACUAAAGUCAGGCUAAAUGAGAACCACAUGGACCUGUACUGAUUUGCCUACAAGUCUGACUUAAAGACACACAUAGGAGCGACUUUGGUUCAUAACCUGGCGGCUGCCUGUAACAAUAAAUGCUCAAAAAAUGUUAACCAUGUUGCGGGGUAUGUGCUAGGCUACACUCUUACCUGUCACUUAAUCCUCACAACCAUAUGAGGCCUAACCAAAACCAAACUGGUUGCCGUCGAGUCAGUUCCAACUCAGUGACCCUAUAUGAGGACUAGGUGCUUUUUUUAUCACCAUUUUAUAGAUGAAGAAAUUGGAAUUAGAGGUUAAGUCACUGGUGGGAAAAGUGUAUAGUAAGUAGUAAAGCCUUUAUUCAUUCAUAUCCAAGAAGGUGAUUCCAAAGGCCUGAGCUUUAUCUGCCUCAGGGGAAGCGUAUGGAAAAGAGCCUUCGAAUCUUCAGCUCUCUAUGGCUUAGUUUUCCUCAUCUGUAAGACAGAGAUAAUUAUACCUAAAGGGCUGUUGAGUGGAUCAAAUUAUUCUUAGUAGAGUCUGCGUCUGCAGCCAGUCUUUAUCAUAUUUGAUACUUGGGGAGCUUAUAAGAAUAAUAGCAAGAUCAUGCAAUUACUCGGAGGUAGUGCUGGAAUUUGAAUUUAGACAUAUUUGGAUUCUGACUUAAUGUACUUACUAUGUGCCCAACAGGGUUGUAAGCCCUUUACAUGAUUUCACUCAUUUAAUCAUCACAACCACCCUAUGAAGUAAAAAAAGGUAUUGUUAUUGUCUUUAUUUUACAAAUAAGGCAACUGAAGUUCAGCCCAAAACCAAAACCAAACCCAGUGCCAAGUCAAGUCGAUUCCGACUCAUAGCGACCCUAUAGGACAGAGUAGAACUGCCACAUAGAGUUUCCAAGGAGCGCCUGGCGGAUUCAAACUGCUGACCCUUUGGUUAGCAGCCGUAGCACUUAACCACUACGCCACCAGGGUUUCCGCUAAAGUUCAGAGAAAGUAAAUAACUUGUCCAUGACUGGUAAAUGAUAGAGCUGGAAUUUGAACCCAGGCAGCCUGUAUCGGAUAUGCCCUAACUGCUACCUAGGGACUCCCAGGAGCUUGCCUUUCUAAUGUGUUUUCCAUAUCUCAAAGAUGUGCCAUCAGUGGGCUCUCGUGUGUUAACGAGGUGCCCUGAAGAAGGUUUCUGCUCUGGAGAGAAAAUGAAACUUGAAGCCAGGCGGAAUCAGACCACAUCCCUGACAUGAACACCUAAUGACGAUUGCUGUGUUGGAGCACAGAUGAAAAUAUUAAAGUCCCUGGCUGCUGACUGAGCCCAGCAUGCUCUAGCUAGAGAACCUUCUAUGGAAAGAAUGUGCUACGUACUUUACAGAUACAGUGGCUCUUUUAUAAAAAUCCUUGCAGGUAAUCCUACAUUUUACAGGUGGGGAAACUGAGGUCUCAAGGUAGUAUCUUGUUCCUAAGGAGCAAAGCCAGGACUUGAUCCCAGGUCUUAAGAUCCAAAUUACAGUAUUUUUUCUACCAAAGGUAGAAAUAUACUAAGGAGCAGAUCUUGGUUUUGUAUGAGACUAAUUUUUUUUAUAAUUUAUUUUUGCUGUUGAGAAUAUACACAGCAGAGCAUACACCAAUUCCGUAACUUCUGCAUGUACAAUUCAGUGGCACUGAUUACAUUCAAGUUGUGUGACAAUUCUCACCCUCCUUUUCUGAGUUGUUCCUCUCCCAUUAACAUAAACUCACUGCUCCCUAAGUUUCCUAUCUAAUCUUUCGAGUUGCUGUAGUCAGUUUCAUCCCAUGUAGAUCUUGAAAGAGCACAGUGCUCAAGGCAGAUGUUUUAUAUAAGAAUAAAUUUUUAAAAACUGUAAGAAUUGAAUGAGCUGCAUUAGGAGAUACAAAAUUCUCCGUGCUGGCUGUGUUUGAGCAGAGGUUGAAUAAGCUCCUGGUAAGUAUACUUCUAGGGAAUUCAAGCAUCAUGUGAGAGGGGGGUUAGACUCAACCUUUAAGUUCCUUUCUACCCUGACAUGCUCGGGUUCUGUGAAAUACGAGAAUCUUGAUUUUCUGCAUCUGGUUCUACAUUUUUCCCCUGGGGCGGCGGGGGGAAGACCUUAUAUUUAACAGGCCUGGAAAGGGGCAUAAAGAUCACUCCAGUGUGGCACCUUCAUUUUACAAGUGAAUGUAUAGACCCAUAGACUGAAUUAGUGGCAAAGCCAAGGCUGGAACCCAGGCCUCCUGAAUCUUAAUCCAGGGUUUUCAAUAUAGGGUUUGUUGCUGGGACUUGUAAGUCGUCUACCAUCCACCCAGUAGUAAAAGACAGAAACCUAUGGGGUCACAUUAGACUCCUUCCUCAUCCCUCAUAAUGUCCUUUAGCUUCUAUUUCCCUAAUUAUUUCAUGACUUGGUUCUCUUCUCAUUAUAUUCACUGCUAUUCUGAGCCGGGCCACCAUCAUCUGAAAGUAUGUCACUGGCCUCCUAAUUGAUCUCCUUGCCUCAAAUCUUGCUCCCUCCAGUCCAUUCUUCACACAGCUGUCAGAGUAAUCUUUCUAAAACCCAUAAAUCUGAUCAUGCUACUCCCCUGCUUGGACCUCUUUAAGUAGAUCGCUACCGGCCCCAGGAUAAAAUCUAAACUGUCCUCGAUGACUCUUCAUGACUCUACAAAACUCUCGGGCCUUGUACUCCCUGUGCCAAAUUUCCCCUAUUUUCCAGCUACAUAGAAUUACCUAUAGUUCCUCAACUCACCAUGCUCUCUCACCUCUAGCCUUUGGACCUGCUGAGCCGUGGAAAAACUGCAGAUUUUCUCCUGUGGUUCCUUUACUCUCAUUCUCAGUACUUGGCCUCAUUCUAGAACCUGUGUCUCUCAUGGGCUUGGUACAUUGUUUCUAUGUUCCCAUAGCCUCCUACACAUUCUUCAAGCAUAGAAUUAUCACUGUUGCAGGUUCACAAAUGCAAACCUCUAAAGAAGGCGAAGUAACAGAAGUGGCCUAGAAGAAGAUAACAGAGACUGAAGAACCAGAGAGCACGUUCACUGUCAGAAGAAGGCAGUUACUUUCUGGGCCCACUGACUUGUUUUAUUCUAGCUAAAUGUGGGCAUGGUGGUAUCAGAUCUUCCAAUUCUUCCAGGAAAGCCAGAAAUCUGCAUUUUCAUGUAAAAAAACCCCCAAUUUUUAAAUCUUGGAAACUAAAGCAAAUGUUAAAAUUAUUCUAAGAAACAAAACAUGUCAUCAGGUGCAUUUGUGCCAGUUUGCAACUUCUCCAUUGUUACUGUGGGUUUACAGGUUUGUUUCAGCCAACUAAGUUGUGAGUACCUGGAAAGUAAGAAUGUCUUUGUUGUUGUAUUCCCAGCACAACUCCUGGCAUGUACCAGUCAAAGAAAGAAUGAAUGGGUACUGAAAUCUAGAGUGAACUCGGCACUACCAUGGUAAAAACCAGUUGCCUUUAAGUAAAUUCCAACUCAUAGUGACCCUAUAGGAUAGAGUAGAACUGCCCCAUGGGGUUUCCUAGGCUGUGAAUCUUUAUGGAAGCAGACUGCAGAGCGGCUGGUGGGUUCAAACCGCCUACCUUUCACUUAGCAGUGAAGCACUUAGCUGCACUACCAGGGCACCUCCCAUAGUAGUAGGCUUAUAAAAGCAAGUCCUGAGAUUCAAGUUUCUGAAAGGACUUUAUAUUUGGCUUUGACACGAUUGACCUCGGCAAACAGAAUGAUGGGUCAGAAAGGUACACACCUAGCACUCAGCAGACUUCUUGCCUGAGAAACCACUCAGGCUAGAAGAAUUUAAGUGGGCAGAUUGAAUCAAAAUGUUUUUUGAUUCAAUCUUCCUAUAAAUUCAAAUUGAAUCAAACGUUUAAUAAUUAAGACCUGAGGGUAAGUACAGUGGCAUGUGGGAAAAUAGCUUCUCUCCAGGUUCUGAAAUCUUCCGGCACUGACCAUAAGGACCAGAUUCAGAAGUAGGGGCUAUUUGUUACGAGGUUCUAUGCGAAGUUUAAUAAACUAACUGCCAGAUACUUCUCUCUCUAAGAAGUUUGUGUGAAGUAAUCUUAAUGUGGAGACAACUCGCCUAGGAACGGUGAUUACACCCACACUUAAUGCAACACCCACUGAGGCUGUCUCACUUUACAUCUGACACACACACAAAUUGGUUGCAUCAGCAGAGAAACAGCCUCAGUUUUAUCAAAUAUUCCUCCUAACUGUACAGAGGCUUGGCUGUCUGAGCCAACUGAGAUCUAGAAAGGUCCUGGGAUCUGACAAAUGGCUGGCUGCAGAAAGGGCACGGAGCAGGACCUCCCCAGACUUCUAUCCCAGGUGUCAGCCCUGUGGGGAUCUCACUCCCAUGGACCUCCUAUGGAGUGAGGCGGUGUAUGGUAGAAAGGGGUCAAGACAGCAUCUGGGGUUCUGAUCUGGCUCUGCCACUUGUUGGGUGAACUUGGGAAAAUCACUUCACUUUCCACGCUGAUUACCUUAGCUCAUCUUUUCUUGCCAGACCACAUCUUAAAGUUGCUGUCCAGUUUACUGGCUGGCUUCCCUUAGGUCAGAUGCCCAAACGGGCCAAUCGGGUGGUAGGAUUAUGUGGAGCAAAAUCAACUUUCUAGUGAUGCUACUUCAACAAGGGCAGAGGUGGAGCAAUUUUAUUUACUUAUGACCAUGAAAAAUACCAUAUCUAAUAAAUACCUAGUUAAAGAGUUGCCAAGUAAAUGGUGAAUAAUGAACAUCUCAUUCUUUAAGACACAGCUUAAGUGUCAUCUCCUAAAUGUCAUCUCCUUACUGAUGUCCUCCCUAAUCUUCCAUCUUACGAGGAUACGUUAGUCCUUUCUUGUGCCACAACUGAACCUCGUAACUAUUAUACUAUUAAUGCAUUAUAUUAUUACUGUUUACUUUCCUGUUUCUCCCAUAUAAGUCCUUGAAGGCAGGAACUAUAACUUAUUCAUCUUAUUCAUAAUAGAAUCUCAGUAAAUGGGCAUGAAAGAGAACUAUUGAGUAAAUGGGUGGGAGAGCUCUAACAUUCUAUGAAUCUAUGAAAAUACCAAGCUGCUGUAUUAAAAAAAAAAAAAAAUGAAA